AGAUAGGAUGAAUGAAAGGUAGUGACAUUCCAUUCAUGAACUUUGACAUCGGAUAGAUCUGUUUGAACACUCUGGACUGUUAUCACAUUGGUGAUGUCUUUCUUAGAUGAAGAGCUUGCAAAGAUAAGAAAGGAGCUUGAGGGCAGUGUUGAAGGUCUCGAAAUAUUGUCUACCAGCCAACAUUCUGUCCAAGUUAAAAUAUGGAAGACAGAGUACAAACAACUGAGACUGCUCAUCAUGUUCCCUGAAGAAUACCCUCACACGUGUCUCAUGGUGGAGGUCAAAAGCAAGUCUCUCCCAGAAAGAGUGAUGAAAUUGAUUGAAAAUAUUGCUGAGAAAGAAGCCAAAAAAUUAAAAGGACAAUAUCAGGUGAUUCAGAUAUGUAAAGUUGCUCGGCAGUUUUUAGAUGAAAACAUGUUUAUUGUGUGUGCAGAUGAGCUUGAUGCAGUGAAGAGUAAACUUUUGGAAGAGGGUGACGAGAUAAAGAUAAAGCAGAAAGCUGGGUCUUUUCAACUGACUGCUCAUAAAAAUGGAUAUUAUAUGAAUCUAAAGUUUUCUGUCACAGAUGACUACCCUGAAACCAAUGCCAAGGUGGAGUGUAAAUCGACAAACUUCCCAGCUGAUUUGGCAGCGAUGUUUGUGAGACAAGGUGUUGAACUUUCUAGACGCUGUGUGGUUCCUCCAGCUAUCGAAAAGAAAGGAGAGCCCCCAUUUCAAGUUAAGCCAUCAAUUUUACCAGCCGCAGAAUACUUGAUCAAAGAUUGUAUCAAGUUCUACCCGAUUGCUCAGUGUUCAAUAUGCGACAAUCAAACGUUUCCUCUCGAUCCUGAAGAUGUAACCCAAGAUAUUCGAGGACCUGUUUAUGUGGAGUAUGUGUACUGUUCCCAUGUAUUUCAUCACAAGUGUUUAGAUAGAUAUAUGAAAUCUCCACCUUUCAAAGGAGGAAAGAAGUGUCCCAUUUGUGGUAAACGUAUCUACCACGAAAAGUGGAAGGCAACUCCGGAAUUAGCUGAGCAAAGGUGGGCAUACCAACAGGCAAAGAGAAGAGAGCUGGACGAGGUCACUGAUUUUAUGGAUUUCUGAGGACAAUUAACUUGAACUUUUGUGCUUCUUGGCCAAAAAAACUGUUAUAUCAUCAUGAUGCCACUUUUCAUAAUACUGUAUCAUGUGACUGGGCUGCUCUUGUUUAUUGUUUCCGGAGAUCAGGGUUUACAACUUUACAACAUGAUUCUUCACUGUUUUUACUCAGUUGAUUUUUGUAAGAGACUUGCUAUCGAG